AUGCAGUCUUACAUUGGUGUGUUGGCACGCUCCAGAGUCCCACUUAUAGACAAGAAAUGGGUUGAAAUCCCCAAGGAUAUAAAGGAGCAGAUUUGGGAAGCCGUUGACAUGGCUUUUGUGAUAGGUCAAGGGGGCAAGAACCUAGUGUUAUCUUCUGCUGCCAAGAAAUGGAAGGAUUUCAAGUCUACACUAACGAGGCAUUAUAUCCUUCCAUACAUCAAGGAGAGGGAGAAAUUAAGCCAACCCCCUGAACUAUAUAAAUUCAUAGAGAAAGCAGAAUGGGAUGCCUUUGUGGCUUCAAGGUUAUCCCAAGAAUUUGUGUCUGUGCAUUCUCAACAUUCAAAGAUUAGGGAGAAACUUGAGUACAAUCAUCGAUUAUCUUGA